GGAGGGGAAACACGUCUGGACUCGGCGAGACUUGGACAACCACUGCUCUGCCAGCAAGCAAGCGCUCUACCCGCCCGCCAAAUAACCCGCAAACGUUUCUUUCGGCUUGCCGACGCCUUCCUGACUCAACAACACCCUCGCCACCAGCCAACUGCAAUAUGUCUGACGCCCCUCUGAGCCCGACCUUGAAGGAACUGCCCAAGGUGUCUCCCGACCUGAAGUCUGAGCUGCAGGACUUCAACACGGAAAAGCUGAAGAACGCCGAGACCAACGAGAAGAACGUGCUGCCCACAGCCGAAGAUGUGGCCCAGGAAAGAACCCACCAGGAUCUGAUCAAGGGCGUGGAAGACUUUGACACGAAAAAGCUGAAACACACCAACACUGUUGAAAAGAUUUGCUUGCCAGACAAGGAAGUUGUCGAGCAAGAAAGGGUGCACCACAACCUGUUGAAGGGCGUCGAGGGCUUCGACAAGGACUCGAUGAAGCACACUGAGACCAACGAGAAGAACCCCCUCCCCGACCCAGAAGCUAUCGAGCUGGAGAAGGGGCAGCAGCAGUUGAUCGCCGGUAUCGAGAACUUUGAUGCCAAGAGCUUGAAGCCCACGGAAACCCAGGAGAAGAACCCGCUCCCCACCAAGGAAGUGAUCGAGGCGGAGAAGUCGGCUUGAGUCGUGUAAUCCUUUCAGCCCGCACCGUCACCGCCACUUCCCCGCGAGCAAGUCAACGACGCCAACAACUACUGUUCUCUGCGAGAUGCUGAACUACUAACCCAUUCUCUCUUUUCUACUUCUUGUAAAAUUAUUAUUAAAUUACAUGGAUAAUUAUUGUGUCUCCUUAUAUUUUACGUGGAAUAGUAAGCAGGAAUUUUUGUUACAAGUCAAUUUACGCGUUCUGCAUGCGUCCAAAAAGCCAAGGGUCCGUUGGCAGGAUUGCUGCCAUGCUGUGGGUCUGUUCAGUAUAGAUGUAUUGUGUUGCGCAAAAGCCUACUUUGUAACCGCAGGCCGAAGAGCACAGCAAAGACAUUCCUCGGUCCACUCACCAUUGUGCACCUUCGGCCGGCUUUUUUGUACCAAUCAAAGUUUUCUCACGUGCGAACCACCCUGUGGUUGUAUUUUUUCAACAAAGUUUGAUGCUUUUCCAACGCAAACGAUCGAAGUGCUUAUUUUGUAAAAAACCCUCGGUGAAAUUUAGAAAUAAAGAUGCAGAAUUCAAAAAUGUGAA